AUGGGUCGUGAUAAGAUAUUGAUAGCAUACAAUACUGAUAAUGAAUUUACCCAUUAUGAUACUAUCAAAAAGAUAUUCGGGAAGAGUCUCGAUGCAGUAGAACAUACACCAAAUGAUUCAAUAGUGAAAGGAUUACGAUGGAGGACAAAAUACUAUUCUACAGACUUCGACUUAUAUAUAGACCAAUACACAUCCCUGGAUCAAUGGUUGGAAGACCUGAGAGACCCAGAAUGUGAUGUUCUACGGGAGGCAUUAGCUGGGUUAAUUAUUAUUGAUGAUAUAGAUAAGACGCAAGUGUCCCUUUUGAGUACAAAAGGGAGCCCAAUAGUACACCAAGAUUCAUUUUUAGUCUGGUGUGAUACAACAGGUGAACUUUCCGAUGAUGAAACUGAAAACAUGAAUGUUGAGAUAGCUGCAGUUGGUGGGUCUCUAGAAAUCAUACGAUUGAUAAGUGGCGAAAAGAACGAAUUUAAUGAUACUGUUGGUGUAGAAAGAGUAAAAGAAAUUAUAGAUACAUACCCAUGGACUAAUAUGGUUAAACAACUACUAAUAAAUACCCAAAAUGCGCCUAACAAACCAUCAGAUAGAGAUAAUUUAGAUUCAAUAGUACAAAAACUUACAGAUGCAAGAUCGCAUUAUCAAUCAUUGGAUAAGGACGACGACGAAACAGACUCAAAUUCAUUUGCUAAUGAAAUUGCGAAAGAGGUUUCAGAAAGACUUAGUUUUUAG